GUAUGUCCCUGCAGAAUACCCACAUACAUAGCUAAGGGACCAAGAGGAACAGCACUGGAAGCUCUCCCGACAUGAGAACUUUCUACGCAUGCGGCUCAAGUUGUGUCCCAACCUACACUUCAGCAGACACACGGACGCCAGCAACCUGCGAGAUAAUACAGGCUGGCUGAGCCGUGCCAGGUCAGAAGAGGUGCCACUAUCCCUCAACAUCUCCUCAGCCGCCGUACGUGGAGAUGCAGACGACGCAGACUACAUACCUGAGGAGGAUCUGCGGAACCUCUCUGAACAAGAGAUUGAUGGUGGGACUGAUGGCAAGGAGAAGCUGGUGUUGUCACAGGAGUGUCAUCUUGUCACACUGAUGAGUGCAGUCAAAGGAAGGUUUGACAUAACCACUACACACGUUUACUUCCAUGAUCUCAGUCCGGUCAAAGACGAUUUAGAUAGACAGGACUUUAAGUGGCCUCUGCCAAGUUUAAGGGAAAUCUAUCUACGGAGAUACAACCUCAGGAGAAGUGCUCUGGAGAUUUUUCUGAUAGAUCAAACAAAUUACUUCCUAAAUUUUACAACGAAGACUCGUAACAGAGUGGUCAGUCGACUGUUAGGCCUAAGGCCUCCCAACUUGGCCUACAACAGCAGCCGGUCUCCUGCUGACCUUCUCAGGGCCUCAGGCUUAACUCAGAAAUGGGUGAAUCACGAGAUAACAAACUUUGAGUACCUCAUGCAGCUGAACACAAUCGCAGGCCGCACCUACAACGACCUGUCCCAAUAUCCAGUGUUCCCUUGGAUCAUUGCUGACUACACCUCUGAAGAACUUGAUCUCAACAAUCCUGACACAUUCAGAGAUCUCUCGAAACCUAUCGGGGUGGUCAACCCCCGCAACGAGGCUGAUGUCAAGAUGAAAUACGACUCAUUUGAGGAUCCAUCUGGUACUAUAGCCAAGUUCCACUAUGGCACACACUACUCUAACUCCGCUGGAGUGCUUCACUAUCUGGUUAGAGUGGAGCCCUUCGCCUCACUCCACAUAGAGUUGCAGAGCGGACGCUUUGACGUAGCCGACCGCCAGUUUCAUUCCAUUCCUCAGACGUGGAAGCUACUCAUGGACAAUCCCAACGAUGUCAAGGAACUAAUCCCAGAAUUCUUCUAUUUUCCUGAAUUCCUGAAAAAUUUAAACCAAUUUGACCUCGGACUGCUGCAAGGCACAAAAGAUCGGGUCAAUGAUGUGGAUCUGCCUAAGUGGGCUUCAAGCGCAGAAGAUUUCAUCUAUAAACAUCGAAAAGCCUUGGAAUCAGAACAUGUGUCUGCUCACCUACAUGAGUGGAUAGACCUGAUAUUUGGCUGCAAGCAGAAGGGUCCAAAGGCUGUCGAAGCCCUUAAUGUCUUUUACUACUGCAGCUAUGAGGGUGCUGUGGACCUAGACGCUAUCACCAACCCUGUGGAGCGGGAGGCUGUGGAAGGGAUGAUCAACAACUUCGGACAGACACCGAGUCAGCUGCUAAAGGAGCCACACCCUCAGAGACUCAGCAGUUCUGAAGCACUUGCCAAGAUGCUGAAGAGUGAACGUAAACCUGACAUCACCAUGUUCCUCAACAAACUGACCCCCAUCACUGUUGAGGUGUCCAAUGACAAAGACCCCGUAGUGUUUGUCAGUGGCCCCCGCUCCCCGCCACGAGGGUUCCUACAGACAGCACUGCCAGACUGUCUGGUGACUGUCACCCGUGGAGGAGUGGUGGGGGUUCACUCGUGGCUACCUUACGAUAGGUAUAAUAAUCGAGGCUUCACCUUCGACACCGACCCAACCAUGGCACAUCCAAAGACUCGUCGUAGUGUAUCCGACUCAUUCCAUCCUAGCAUCAGUCCAAACAGUCAGCUGUUCUGCGUGUCCCAUGAUGGUAAGAUGCUGAUAACUGCUGGACAUUGGGACUGCAGUGUCAGGGUGUACAGUCUCACCAAGAACAAGACUUUGGUCUCCGUCAUCAGGCACUUUGAUUUGGUAACAUGUGUGGCUCUGGACCAGUGCAGCUGGUACCUAGCCAGUGGCUCUCAGGACUGCACUGUGGUGGUAUGGGACAUCAGCCAUCUUAGCUCUGCACCUCUGCGACCAGUUCAAACACUCUACGGACACGACCAGCCAGUCACCACCGUCGCCAUCGCCACCGAGCUCGAUUUGGUUGCUUCUGGGUCGAAGGAUGGCACAGUGAACAUCCACAGUAUCCACGAAGGCCAGUACCUCCGUACAUUGUAUCCAGCUGGUUGUGACCUGGGAGUUUCCACGGAGAUCACCUACCUCGCUAUCUCUGCCCAAGGUCAUGUCGCUUUUGCUGCUAACUCUACGACAAACCACUCAGUCCACGUGUUCUCGGUGAACGGAGAGUCGGUUGGCUCCAAGUACGUGGCUGGGAGAGUCACUGGUCUUGCCACUGCAGGGGAUUGUCUGGUGGUGGUGGACGAUGCUGGCGACCUCACCAUGAGUAGACUGCUCGGGCUGUAUCCAGUGUUUGACAUCCCCCUCCACAUCCCCAUCCAGGAUGUAGUGGUCACUCCGGGAAACUCUCAUCUCCUUGUCUCCCUCCAGGAUGGCAACAUUGUCGUCAUCUUCGUCCCCAACUCGUAACAUCGCAAUAGCUACAUUCCACUCCUAGUAGUGUUCAUAGUGAUAAGAAUGUUUAAAAUUAUGCAUUGUUAAGAUAUGAUUGAUUUUAUAAUAUUUACUCAAAUAGUAAGAAUUAUAGAUAUAGGUUUUAUUUUUGAAGAAUGAAUAUUGUUGUCUAUUCCAAUAAGAGUUUUUAAUAGUAUAUAUGUAGAUGUUGUGAAACAUUGAUAGAAUGAUAGAAUGUACCACGAAUACUUGCUGUGGAUCAUAAACAUUAACAUAUUAUGUUAUUGGCCAGAAAGUAAACAUUAUUUUAUUAUUUAACAAUCCUUAAAUGUAACUGUCUAAACCUACCUGAUGUUAUUGGUAUAGGAUUUGAGCGAGUUAAAAAUAGUUGUUUAUGUCUAUGAUCCAUACCAGUUUCUGUUCUAAUAUUCGUGGAAUAAUACAUAUUUUAUUUGAGACUAAAUGUUGUUGUCUUAAUAGUUUUACUUAGUUGAGUUGUGUGUAUAUGACUGUUGUGAAAGCUCUUUGUUUUAUAAGAUGGUUGUCUGCAUUAGUGAAUUUGACACUUGCUUUCAAUUCAUGUUAGUCGAUGAGUAGUUGAAAUUUAUCACGUUGUAACCAUUAUUAUUGUUAAGUGAAGCAAAUUUUAGGUUUUUGUUUUUAUUAGUUAUUUUCUUUGAU